UUGUAUGAAAACGUUCACGCAGCGUUAAACAGAGCUGUCACUGCUAUUUCUCAAACAUCACAGUCACAGCUAACAGUCGGUACAGAGCCUUAGAAAAGGAGGCUCAGCCUCCACCCACCUUUCUGUACAAAGCCGCUAAUAUGACGCCAUUUGCUUUUCUUUUCAGAACUCGUCAGUGCAGUAAUUACAUCAGAUUUGCUUUAAACUUCAAGGACACCAAAUACAAAGAUUUCAUCUUUGUUUUUAAAGAUUUAAUUGCCGCCUUGUGAAGCUCCAAGAAAAACAUCUUCUAAGUACCAAGGAGAUGGACGUAUUCACAGAUGCAAAACCUUCCUAGCUAGGUGUUACCCACAGUCUGGGAAAUGCUUCACAAUGGAUGAAGCCGUUCGGCAUCCUUCAGAGAUUUUACCUAAUCAAACUAUGCCAAACAGCAGUUAUUCUCACUUUUUGAACUUUGAUACAUGUCAACCUUCCUUCCCUGCAGUAUUCUUGCUUAUUACAGCCUACAUAUUAGUUACAAUGGUGGGGCUUUUUGGAAACCUUUGCCUGAUUGUUAUAAUAAAGAGACAGAAAGAAGCUCAAAAUGUUACAAACAUUCUGAUUGCCAACCUCUCCUUAUCGGAUGUGUUGAUCUGUAUCAUGUGUAUUCCUGUCACAGCUGCAUACACUUUGAUGGAUUACUGGAUAUUUGGGGAAGCUAUGUGUAAAAUAAGCUCUUUCAUACAAAGUAUAUCUGUCACAGUCUCCAUUUUCUCACUUGUACUGAUUGCUAUCGAGCGAUACCAGUUAAUUGUAAAUCCUCGUGGCUGGAAGCCUAACACCUCACAUGCUUACUGGGGAAUUAUUUUCAUUUGGGUUUUUUCACUCAUGAUAUCCAUCCCUUUUUUAAUAUUUCACCAACUAACUGAUGAACCCUUCAAGCACCUGUCCUUCCACAGCGACUUCUACAAGAACAAAGUGGCGUGCAUCGAGGCCUGGCCUUCCAUUACAGAACGGCUGAUUUUCACCACCAGUCUGCUGCUUCUCCAGUACUGCUUCCCCCUGGGGUUUAUCCUCAUCUGCUAUCUCAAGAUAUUUGUAUGCCUCCGGCGGAGACACAGUAAAAUAGAUAGGAUGAGAGAGAAUGAGAGCAGGUUGAGUGAAAACAAAAGGAUUAAUCUGAUGCUGAUAUCAAUUGUUGUGACCUUUGCAGCUUGCUGGUUGCCUCUCAAUAUAUUCAAUGUUGUUUUUGACUGGAACCACGAGGCGCUGAUGAGCUGUAAUCAUAACCUAGCAUUUACACUGUGCCACCUCGUGGCCAUGAUCUCAACAUGUAUCAAUCCCAUCUUUUAUGGAUUUCUCAACAAGAAUUUUCAGAAGGAUUUGAUAGGGCUUGUUUAUCACUGCAGGUGUUCAGCAUCACAAGAGGAGUAUGAAAACAUCGCCCUUUCAAAUCUGCAAACUGAUGUGUCCAAGGGAUCUCUGAAAUUAAACAACCACCCUCCUGACAAUGCCCAAAAUAACCCAGAAGCAUCUUCUAAAAUUUUGUAUCUUGCUGCAGAUGACCUUCUGUAGCUCUUCAUCCUGGUACCUCCUCAUCUAACUGAAGUUAGAGGUGGUCCUUGCUAUUUCAUUCAGCACAAACAGAAUCGUGUAAGGUGUACUUCCCAAAGGUGUACUGCUAACAAGCACUUUAUGAUGGUGUUGAUGCCAAUAAACCAUUUCCAAGAGACUUAAAGAACAAUGAAUAUCAACAGUGUUAACAUCUUAUCUUUUAAUCCACAAUUUCCAGGUCACCGUGAAAGUAUUUCCAUCGAUGCAGCUGUCCUUCCUACACAGCUGGCUUUGCCCAAGUAAGCCAUCAAUACUGAGGUCUCCUCAACUUCAGUCUUUUUAUAAACUGAUUUUUGUCUUUUUAAUUUUCCAGCCCUGCACCAUCCCCAUCUCCAGUACAUCGUUACUUUGCACAACAACUUAUAAGUAGUUUUUACUGAGAGGAAGGCCCCUCAAGUUACCCUAAGCCUUCAGUAGUGCCUUCCUUUCAGCUCCAGCACAGUUUGCUUUGCUUUUGCACCGGUUCAAACUGUAACUACAAACUGUAACUUAACAUGAGAAAAUGUUAGUUGGAAUUUCUUUUUUUUUUUUUCCCUUUACUUUAAAUGAGCACUAAACCAAGCCCCAUUUGCUGUGCUGCAGAUUUGCAUCAGACCUCUGCUGAUCAAGACAAAAUACGUAUUUAGUGUUUCUCCUAAAAGCAUUUGCAUUCUCCUCAAAACCACCAGUACAGAUCAUUGCUUUCUCUGUUACCAUCAUCUCUGGUCUCUAAAACUGACCUAGAAUCUCCAUUAUGA